CCAAUUCUUCGUCUUCUCACCAAUUCUUCGUCUUCACACCCAACCCUCCCCGUCCCUCGAAUUCUAUAGUCCGUCGCCAUCGCCCCGGCCUCCCCCCAUCAGCCAAGAUGCCCAUCGAAAUCCCCAAGGCCAGCAGCCUGCUCGACCUCUUUUCCCUCAAGGGCAAGGUCGUCGUCGUCACCGGCGCUUCCGGCCCCCGCGGCAUGGGCAUCGAGGCCGCCCGCGGUUGUGCCGAGAUGGGCGCCGACAUCGCCAUCACCUACUCGUCUCGCAAGGAGGGCGCCGACAAGAACGUGGCCGAGCUCCAGCAGCAGUACGGCGUCAAGGCCAAGGCCUACAAGUGCAACAUUAGCGACUACGGCUCGGUGGAGGCCCUCGUCAAAGAUGUCCUUGCCGAUUUCGGCAAGAUUGAUGCGUUUAUUGCCAACGCCGGUGCUACCGCCGACUCGGGCGUCAUCGACGGCUCCAAAGAGGCCUGGGACCACGUCAUCCAGAUCGACCUCAACGGCACCGCCUACUGCGCCAAGGCCGUGGGCGCGCACUUCCGCGAGCGCGGCACCGGCUCCUUCGUCAUCACCUCGUCCAUGUCCGGCCACAUCGCCAACUUCCCGCAGGAGCAGACCUCGUACAACGUCGCCAAGGCCGGCUGCAUCCACAUGGCCAAGUCGCUCGCCAACGAGUGGCGCGGCUUCGCCCGCGUCAACUCCGUCUCGCCCGGCUACAUCGACACCGGCCUGUCCGACUUUGUCGACAAGGACACCCAGGACAUCUGGCUCUCCAUGAUCCCCAUGGGACGCCAGGGCGAUGCCAAGGAGCUCAAGGGCGCCUAUGUCUACCUCGUCAGCGAUGCGAGCUCGUAUACCACGGGCGCGGAUAUCAUCGUGGACGGUGGAUAUGUCUGCCGAUAGGCGGGCGGGUCGUGCGGUGGCCGGUGGGGGGAGGAGACGAGGGACCUUACCUCCAGAGAACAUGGCGAUGAUAUGAUAUAUCUCGCUUUGAUGUCUUUCGAAAUGGGACAGACAUGUAGAGUUCUUGAAAAAAAGAAUAGGGACGCAUCAAUGUAUGCGCUGAAUCUCGAAUAGAGUAUAUUUUUAAGUGCUGAUUAUCUUGUAUUGUCACGACUCUCUAGGUGAGGAAGACCGGUCUACUAUACGCACACAAUGAUAGAUCUCUUUUCCUCUCUAUAUCAAAUACUUGGUAUACUCUGCUUUAUAAACAAAAAGAAAGUUAGAUGCAAGUGCAAAAAGAGU